AUGAAUACGAGCAGAUCCCUGGCCUCCUCUGAGAGCUCUCCUGCUGAGACAGCUGUGGUUGCUGGCUCCUCUGCUCUGCUCCUGCAAGCUGAUACCUUGCAAUACCCACAUCCAAUUCUUCUGCCUAUACUCUUCUGGGCCAAUAGCUCUGGAGACAGCAUGUUGAGUACUGAAGGUGCUGCGAUGUCUGUCCAGUUCCUUGCACUGAGGACUGUAGUUGCUCUGGCCUAUGGACUUGUGGGGGUCAUUGGCUUGCUGGAAAAUUUGUCUGUGCUGUGUGGGAUGGGUGACUGUGCUCAGUGAGCACCUGGCCCACCUUCUGACACCUUUGUCUUCAGACUGGUUCUGGCAGACCUGGGGCUGGCCCUCACUCUCCUAUUCUGGGUAGCUGAGUCAGCACUGGACUUUUGACUGGCCUUUUGGAAGUGCUGUCUGAUAGUCCUGACAGCCACUGUCCUCAACACCUGUGCUAGGCAUCUUCCACUGAGCAUUGCUUGAUACUGGGUGGUGGCCAUGAUUGUGAGGCCAGGCAGUCACCUCACUGUUUUAGCUCCUCUGGCUCCCCUGGCAGCAUGGGUAGCAGCUGCCCUGGUGAUUGUGCCCACGGCUAUCUUUGGUGGUGAGAGUGAGCUGUGGGACCUGUAUCUCUGCCUAUUGUGCUUCCCCAGCAGAUAUUGGCUGGGGGCCUACCAGCUGCAGAGGGUGGUACUGGACUUCAUGGUGCCCUUGGGCAUCAUCACCACCAGCUAUUUGCUGCUGCUGGCUUUCCUACGGCAGAGGCACGACAGCAGAGUGGCGGCACUCUAUCCGUAUCCGUAUUUCUUCCUCUGCUGGCUCCCUAACCAUGUGGUCACUUUUUGGGGUAUCCAUACCUAUGUCUUUUUCUACACCAUCCAUACCUAUGUCUUUCGGGUCACUACCUGCCUGGCACACAGCAGCAGCUCCCUCAACCCCAUGCUGUAUUGUCUCCUCUGGUGUGAGCUGGUCAGCUCCUUCAGGGAUCUCCAAUCAAGGCUGUGGCCCCAGAGCCAGGCCUGUGUGGAACAAGUGGCCCUCAAGGAGGUAGGCGAGAGGCAGGUAGCCAGUAGCCCUUCUACCCUACUCACAAAGAUCAAAGAAUACUUGGAUGAAGGAUGCAACCUGGACACUUCUAGGAUCUGCCAGGGGCAGGACCCACAAGUCCUAGGCUGCCUUCUCUGA